UCGUUUACAUUUUAUGUACUUGUUGGUUUAAAAUUGUAAUUUUAAAAUUGUAAAUAUUAAAUAUCAAACGAUGAUGUCUUGUAUUGCAGUUCCGGAUGAUCAGCCAACGUGCUCGUCUGACUUUAUGGGUGACUUUAUGUUUGGAAUCCACGGUAUUGGAGGCGACUCAAUGGACCACGUAAUUGAGUUCAUCAAACACGUAGGUGGCGCUUUCAGAAACUCAAAGAAUAUUCGUCUAGGCCUGAAAGAAAGUUGCAGAAAUGCAGAUUUGCCUCUAUCAGAUUAUUCUGGAGACAGUGACUUUGCGACGGAUGUCCAAGAGCAAAUGGUUGAAAGCGCGGCAGAUCUGCUGUCCGGAAUCAGAACUUCUUUCGGAAAUGUCCGCCCAGAUGUCAACAGGGUAUCGGUCCUGAUUCUGUCCGGAAAGAUCGAUGACAUGGAAAAGGCCUUCUUGGAAGCUAUGAGGCUUAAAUACAGCACUCGAGUCAUCGUGGUUGGUGUGGGCAAGUCAAUAGACAGGGAUCAGCUGAUGAGGUUAGCCAGCUAUGAGAACAAGGCAAAGCCUGAUAUAAGCCACGUGUUCCCAGUCGACUCUUCCGCUGAACUGUCUGACAUUGUGAAGAAACUUCACGUGCUGAUUUGCAAAGACAGUGAAUAACUCGUCGUUACUCAACUUAUCGCCCUAUGAUACUUUGAAUAUGACAGACAUUUAGUACAAACUAUACGUUGUACUGCGUAUGAAUGCUUUUUACAAAGCAUGAGACUUUUAUCGUAUGUUAACAAUAGUAUUGGUUUUCUUUUUAAUUCACCUAUUACGCGGUUAUUUAAUAAAAAUAUAUGAGUAAUAAA